UUCGCAGCAUGCAAUGGAUCAUAUAUAAUAUGGGAACAAGGUGAAUUGCAUUAAAAAAAUAUAUUUACAAGCGCUGAUCAUGUAUUUAACUAAAAAUUACAAUGAAUAAUGUUUUAUGAAGAUAAGGAACUAAGAUAGAUAAAAGCAAUAAAUGAAAAAAAUUAUGAAACUUCUAUAACUAUGUAGAUAAGCUUAUCGUGUAAUAUAAUGUGAUCUAAUAUAAUGUAACAUGAACAUAAUGUAAUGAACAUAUGUUUACCAUUUUAUCAAGGUUUUCGUGUUUUAUUCAAUGAAAAUAUCAAUUAAAGAAUAUAUAUGAUGACUUUCAACUUUCCUUUUUUUUGUUAUUUUCAUUACACAAUUUCGUUGUCCAGACAACUGAAGUAAAUUGUCACAGGAUUUUUCUUGGGUAGCGGAUGACUGACUUCCAAAAUUUCUUGUAAUUAAGAAAAAUCUUUAAUUCUUUUUCGGUUCGACAAUCCAAGAAAAUUUCAAAUAAUAUUUCAAGAUAUACGUGUUAUUCUAAAGUAAUCAAAAUGGUAUGACGUAAAUGAAAUUCAUGAUACUCUAUUACACAAGCAAUAUAUCUCUUUUUAACAAUGUUCAGUACAAUGUAAAAUGAAUUACAUAUGUUUAUUUUCAAGUUUCAAACGAUGUAAAGCAUUUUUUGAUUGCAGAAGACUAUUUUUAUUCAAUUGUUAAUCGUUAACGGAAGUUAUAAAUUUUGCUUCAGCGUGAGUGUAUUUCAAUGCACGUUGGUCAAGCAGGUGUUCAAAUGGGUAAUGCGUGUUGGGAAUUGUAUUGUUUGGAACAUGGAAUUCAACCGGAUGGAACGAUACCAUCAGACAAAGUGUCCGGGACAAACGAUUGUUUUAAUACCUUUUUCAAUGAAACCAGUUCUGGCAAGAUGGUACCGCGUGCUGUGAUGGUUGACUUAGAGCCUACGGUCGUUGACGAAGUAAGGAUAGGACGUUACAAGCAAUUAUAUCACCCCGAACAAUUAAUCACGGGUAAAGAAGAUGCUGCAAACAAUUAUGCUCGUGGUCAUUAUUCCAUUGGUAGGGAAGUAAUAGACUCUGUAAUGGAUCGGGUGAGAAGGUUGACGGAUCAAUGUACUGGACUUCAAGGAUUCUUCGUCUUCCAUUCGUUUGGAGGAGGCACCGGGUCGGGAUUCACUUCGUUGCUUAUGCAAAAACUGUCCGAUGAUUAUGGAAAAAAGAGCAAAUUAGAAUUUGCCGUAUAUCCAGCACCACAAGUGUCUACCGCCGUCGUAGAACCAUACAACUCGAUUCUGACAACUCACACUACAAUCGGUCAUUCGGAUUGCGCGUUUAUGGUGGAUAACGAAGCGAUUUAUGAUAUAUGUAGACGGAAGCUUGGUAUCGAGCGGCCUUCAUAUGCGAAUCUGAAUCGCCUUAUCAGCCAAGUGGUAUCAUCGAUAACUGCCUCUUUGAGAUUCGAUGGUGCUCUGAACGUAGAUCUAACGGAAUUUCAAACGAACUUAGUACCAUAUCCUAGGAUUCAUUUCCCACUGGCGACUUAUGCGCCGGUGGUUUCGGCUGAUAAAGCUUUCCACGAAGGGAUGUCCGUAGCAGAAAUAACGUCCGAAUGCUUCGAGGCAUCCAAUCAAAUGGUCAAAUGCGAUCCUCGAGAAGGAAAAUAUAUGGCCUGCUGCCUGCUUUAUCGCGGGGAGGUGGUACCAAAGGAUGUGAACGCGGCAAUUGCGGCUAUGAAAAGGAAAAGUUGUAUACGUUUUGUUGAUUGGUGUCCGACUGGUUUUAAGGUCGGCAUCAAUUAUCAACCACCUACUGUUGUUCCGGGUGGAGACCUCGCCAAGGUUCAAAGGGCGGUUUCAAUGUUGUCGAACACAACAGCUAUCGAGGAAGCCUGGUCUAAAUUAAAUUACAAGUUCGAUCUUAUGUAUCACAAGCGAGCAUUCGUUCAUUGGUACGUCGGAGAAGGUAUGGAGGAAGGUGAGUUUGCAGAAGCGCGUGAUGAUCUUGCCGCAUUAGAGAGAGACUACGAAGAAGUCGCACUCGAAUCGUCAACCACACCAGAUGCUUCGUUGGAAUAUUAAUACAUAUAAAUGCACGUAAUCCGUGCAAGUAUUUCGGCAUUUUUCAGCUACCCAACAAAAGGACUUAUGCAUGAUCAAAUUAAUUGUAUGUACAAAGAGACUGGUGUUUUAUAUUACGCUUCUUAUGUCUUGUGAUUUGUUUAUUUAUUUUCAUCUUUUUAAUAAAAUUAUUUUUUUAUAACAUUUAUUUAAAAAAUAUAUUAAUAAAAUAAACAAAAAUAUAUUCCCCCAGUUAGCUUUGAAGUUUUGGGUGAUGUAUAAUUAAAUUAAAAAUAAAUUUCUAUGUACUAGAAACAGUAUUUUUACCUCAAAAAAAUAAAACUCAUAAAUUAUAACAUACUUUCUGUUUUCGUAAAUAGUAGAAGUGGAAUUUAUUCAAAAUUCCAAAUCAGUAUAAUUAUUGCACUAACAAUAAGUACGUGGAUAUAGUGAUUUAUCACUUUCGCAAAACAAGAUAUUUAAAUUAUCUGAAGACAAUAUUAUCGUGUUAUUACUUGUAAAGAAUAUAUCUUAUAUAUAUACAACAUUCACAAGUAAAUGUAGUAACUUUACCGAAUAUACUUAACGAAAAUAACUUUCUUUUAAUGAUAAUGUACUGUAUCACAAAAAAACUUUUGUGACAUCUUAUCAUUAUUAUAUUUAUAUUU